GUCUUCGACACAUCCACCUUCACCGUACCUCAUCCUCAUCCUCCCUCUCUGCCCAUUCCUAUACAUUCUAGAACCCUGUCCUCCUGCUCCACCACCACCUCCACCAUAGUAACCAUAGUCAUGCAUUGAAUUCAAUCACAAAUAUCAUUCCAUCAAACGGCUUUAUUGCAAAAAUGUCCUGUCAGAUCUGCAACUCCAAUGAAAAUCCCCAUUUGGGUAAAAUCAGAAAUUCAAAUUUCCACUACCAAAAUCAUCAGAUUUCAAAUGCUGAUUACACUAUACUCAAUUCAAAAUUUGUAAAACCAUUUUGAUCAAAUUCAGAAGAAUUUUCUGGGAAAGCAAAUAGACUUGAGAAGGAGAAGGGAUAGAUGAGUUGGACUGAAGAUGUUGAAGACCAUCGCCAUCACUAAUAGCAGCAUCAACAUUAUCAACGUCGCCGCUGCCGCCACCAUCGUCUCCGCCAAAGCGCGCAUCCAGCCCACCACCAUCCCUGUACAAUUUUGGGUGUUAUGAUUUUGGGUUUGGUUUUGAAAUCUGAAACCACUAUGUUGCUCGAUCGGACUUGACCCUAUACUAAGGUUCUAGCAUAUACGAGAUCGAAGCACGUCUUGCUGAUCCAAAACACCGCCACUCGAUUGUGAAAACCAGAUCGGUAAAGGUAUGUAUCUUUAGCGACGGAGGCUGGAAGAUAGGAAAUUAGGGUUUGGGUUUAGGGGAUUGGGGAUUAGAUUAGGAUUAAAGGAGGGUUUAUAGUGGAAGGAAGAAGAAGAAGAAGAAGAAGAUGGAAGGCAACGAAGAGGGGUCAGAUCGAAUUGGGUCUCGGCUAAGAUUGAGGAAGAGUAAGAAAGAAAAAGAAAAAGAAAAAAAAUCUUAAGAAUUAGAAAAAUAUGUCAUGAGGGGUUGUUUGGACAUUUCGUAUAAAUUGAGGGUCAAAAUUUGUAAAGUGAGGCCCCAUGUCAGCUCCAACUUAGUACAUGACAUCACAUUUGAAGAGGAAUUUGAAAUUUGGACGUGGCUGAUGCGAUUUGAAAGCGCAGAGAUUAACGUGAUUAAAAAAAAAACUGAUUUUAGCCCCACAAUUUGAGAGACUAAACUGAAUGUAAUCUUUUUUUUCUUUUUUGGUCAAACAGAAGUUGCACAAUAGCCAAAAGAGGGAAAAUAUACUAUAACAAUCCCACGCACCACAAGAUCUUCCAGAGUUCCAGGGAAAUAAGGCUCACAUAGUCAGACAAGGAGGAAAGGAACCCAACAGUACAACAUAGAAGUAAAGAAAAAAGAAACUGAAUCAAGACAACAUGCACCGUAUUGGGAAAACUGUCAUUUUGCGACCACGUACAGUAUGUACUGUAUGCGGCAUUACUACUAAUCGAGCUUGUAGGUGGAAAACAAUUUACAAUUUGUCUGGCUGGAUUAUGGCUGAUGGAUUAUUCGAGGUUUCUUCUUCUUGGUCCGACGGAUUAUUCAAGGUUUGUGCCUUAGAAGUACACACCUUGAAAAGCUAUCUAAACAUCUAAUGAUCUAAAAUAUGCGCCGAAUAAGAUAGCAAUAACCUAGCUUGUUGGAGUUAUGGCAGAGGCGCUAGUUGCAGGGGCUGGUCUAGGAGCAGGAUUCACAGUGCUGUACGAUGUGAUUAAUAAAGGAAUGGUGGGCAAGUUUAUGCAAUUUAAACCCCUCCUAGCAGCUCUCCGAUCGACGCUGGACUCUAUACAACCGCUGAUCAUCCGACAGAUAGGUGAGCAUAACUUGAAACUGGAUCUCCCAAACGAAGAGAUACGUGAGCUUGAGAAACAAAUGAAGGAAGGCGAAGAACUUAUUUGCAAGUUGUCAAAGCUUCGGUGGUGGAACCGCAUCAAGUCUCGCUACACCAGCCAACUUGUUGAGUUGGAUAGGUCUCUUAAAGGGCUUUUGAAACAAGUACUUAUGCAGCAAGCAAGGGAUAUUAAGGAGAACUUGCUCGUAGCCAAGCAAACCGCCAGACAACUUGUCGAAUUCCAAGAGUUUAAUGAAAGACUGUUAAGAGAGAGGACUUUGCUGCAAGAAGAUGCGAGGGAAUCACAGGAGAAGUUCCUAUUGGCACUGCAAAACAACGGGAAAAAAUUAGUUGAAUUGCAAGCAGUAAUAGAAGAAAUGAUGAAGCAGCAAGAAGCAAGAGAUGUUACUAAUGCAGUAGCAGCAGUAGAAGGGAAUCAGCUUGAAGAGCCUAAUCUGAUGUCAAUAUUCAAGGAUCUCUAUGAAGCUCUUCAGCAGCUGUUCAACGAAAAUAGCACAUAUAAACCUGUCCUCAGAAGCAUCAAGUCUACUUUAGACUCUUUACCACCACUUAUUGAAGUGACAGAAAACACAAUCUAUCUCCGAGUACACGAAAGUUUGAAGGAGAUCCUAUUGGAGCAGGAUCGCGAGCAGUAUCGGGAGCUGAAGGAGAAAUUGAAAAAUGUUAGAAUGCAAAUGCUAGAGGGCGUCGAGCUCUUCCGCAACUUCUCAAAACAUCAUCCAUGGAACUUCUGCAAGAAGUCCCAUAACGCGUACAAAUUAAUUCAAUGGGAUGAAUCUCUUCAAAGACAUGUAAAAAAAUUAAUGGAGAAGAAACGAAGCAUCAAAAGUAAUUAUUUCUGAUUCUUUCUUCUUCUUUUUUUUUUUUAGGUGCAAUUCUGAAUUUCUUUUUGGGAAAAAUCUAUUAUUUUAUUUAGUGAUGUUUGUUGGAAAUUUGGGUUUUUGGAUCAUAAAUAAUUUUGAGUUGUUCCGUUUAUGACAUAACAGUUUAUCCACUGGAUCCUCCCAAACAUUUACAUUUCAUUUGCAUUGUUAAAUCACUCUCCUCAACAAUCUAAUUUUCUGAUAUGUCUAGUACUCAUUGUUAGGGUUGUACGACUCGAUUCAAGAGAUCUUUUGAAUUAAAACUUAACACAUAUUGAC